AUGGACGGAAACCUCACCGGCAAAAUGCUUUUUCGUCAAACCGAUGGGAACUUAACUUACUUCAGAGAUAGCGGCGAAUUGGCCUCCGACAUACCGACUGUGGUGUCGUUUGAGCUCUCAGACCCCCGACACCGUCUACGCAGUGCAACAUUCACAUACACUUGGGACCUUGGAAAUGGAGAAGUCGUCGUGGGACCAGAGCCAUAUAUACACUGCAGCUACAGCAAGUCUGGAAACUACACGUUUAAACUGAGAAUUGGAGCCAAUACAACCAGGCACUCAUCAUUCACUGGGGUGUAUUCAAAAGAUUUGAUAGUGUUGGAUGCAAUCAGAAGUAUUGAACUGAGGAGUUCUUCAAGUUAUCAAGUAGACAAGAGCAGCAAUCUGUAUUUUCGUGUUGCUGGAAGCACACCGAUGUGGCUUUGUUGGAGGGUCUUGCCUGAUUGUUCCGCAGUCAGUUCCACAGUUUCCUGUAAUCUCAUGAGGGUGUAUGAGAACAACUUUAUACUGAAUUACACUUUCACGUCCGUCGGCACUCACUGCAUGGAUCUCAAUGCCCAAAACGACAUCAGUGAACUCAGGACCUCUUACAGCAUUUUUGUGCAGAGGAACCCGCUUCAUCAUCUGUUCUUCAUCUUACCAUGUGCCUCACUCAUCCUGGCAACCGUUGGCUUUAUCUCUGCAACCGUCUGUCAUCCACGCCAUUCACUCCUUAAGUCUAAGUCCAAGGUAUCAGCCAUCAGUUACCUCUCUUUAUCAGACAUUGAAAUGAAGCCCAAGGAUGUUGAGUGUUCUGUUAUGCGCCCUCCAACGUUCUCUGCAGAGAAGAGCGAAUCCCAUCCCCUCCUUCAUCACUCUGGAUCCUACAACACCACCGACCCCUGUUAA